AUGGAUGAAAGUAACAACAACAAAGUAAACCAACUUCAUCUGCACUUUUUCACACUGCAUGCUAAAGCCAAAUUUCCUCAGCUUCUGCUUUACAAUCUCUCCCUCAGGGAAUACGAAGCCGUUCCAUCCGAGGUGAAGCUCUGGCGUUAUCAAUACCCCAGGCUGCGCUACCUGGACUUGAAAUGGAACAAUAUCUCAAGUUUUGAUUUUGUGGAUUUUGGAGAGGCUACUAAUGGUAUAGGUCAAAUAGAUCUGAGAUAUAAUAACAUCUCUCAACUGACCCGUGAUAACACUGAAAUCCUUGGAUAUCUGAAAACAGUCGCGAUCAAUUUGAGGAACAACCCCCUGUCCUGUGACUGUUUUACCAACGAGCAUCUGUUCAGGUUCCUGCGGGACAAUUCACGGCUGGCUGCGGUGGGGCUGGGGAAUUAUGAGUACAUCAGGAACAUGACCUGUGCCUCCCCGGAACGUUUGGUCGGUGUGCCGUUCGGACAGCUGACAGAAGAGGAUAUAUUCUGCGAAGAACCUUUACCUGUAACAUUCAUUGUGGUCGUUUCCUCUCUAGGCUUUCUCGUGCUACUCUUUACAGUUAUUACUUUUCUAGUCUUCCGGCAUCGUAAGGAACUAACGAUUGUACUAUACACACGCUGUGGUAUUUUGUUCCGUAAAAUUGUUGAAGAAAAGAAAACGUUCGAUGCCUUCAUUUCGUACAGCAGCAUGGACGACCAUUGGGUCAUAAACACACUAGUCAAAGGCUUGGAGAGCAAAGAGAAAGGCCCCGCCUUCAAACUUUGUGUUCACCAUCGAGAUUUUGAGGUGGGGGCCGCCAUUGCUGACAACGUCGUCAAAUCUGUGGAGUCCAGUCGUCACACGGUUCUCGUGUUAUCACGAAAUUUCACGAAAAGCGAGUGGUGCAUUUAUGAGUUUCGAACGGCUAUGCAUCAAAGUUUGAUAGAAAAGCGCCGUCACAUGGUGAUCAUUUUGCUGGAAGACUUUCCCAAGGAGGAACUGGAGCCCGAUUUAAGAAAGUGUCUUGAAACAUUCACCUAUAUAACGGCCGGGGACAAACUCUUCUGGGAUAAGAUUACCUACACUUUAUCCCGCGGGGCGGGGAGGGUGAAGAAGGACACCAAGGUCGGAAAACACAGUAACAAAAAUAAAGCUGUGAUCAAAUGA